AUGCUGUCCAAGACCGGAAGUGGCGUCCUCCUCCUGCAAGCCGCAUCCCUUCUCUCGGGCGCGGCAGCCCGUUGCCUCCGGACCUGCCCGGCCGAUGACCCGCUUCUCAACCUCCUCCGUUCCGAGUUGGCCUCCUCCGACUUCUGCCGUGACUUCCUCGGCCUUCCUGUUUCCACGCUCGAAACAACCGUCACCCCAACCGUCGUAGCCACCGUGACCGAAACCAGCUACGUCACCGAGGUCGUCACCCAAGUCGACACGACCAUCACCGUCACCCUCCCUGCCGACGAGUCUCCCAGCACCACCGUCACCGUCACCCCCGCAAAGCGUGACAAUGCCUACCCAACCUGGCUCCCAACCAGCUACGGCGAAAAAUACAUCUCCCAAGCCUGCUCCUGCCUCAGCCUCCCCCCCGCCAUCAGCACCGUAACCUCCACCGCCGAUGCAGUCACCCUCACCGACGCAACCACCAUCACCGAAACCAUAACCGAAACAAUCCACACCACCGCCAUCGCCACCGAAACUGCCAAGCCCGCUCCCAAGCCAGUCAAGCGCAUGAUCAAAAUCGAGGCUAUCCGCAAAAACGCGGGUACCCCCCUAGGAUGGAUCUACAAUAGCAACGGUCCCGCCAUCACAAACAGCAACAAUCAGCAGCCUACUUUAUUCGAAUUCAACCUCCUCGAGAACGAGACUGUCGGGUCCCAGCUGCGAUUGAGCUCCUCGUUUGGCCCGCUUGGGUUUAACAAGGAUAGCCAUCCUAGUAAUAUCGUCGAGCUGGAAGAUAAUUAUGGUUCUCUCAAGUUUGUCGCGCCUACUGAGCCGGGGGCGGUUCCUCAGACGGUGGAUGCGGGGAAGAACAAGUACGCGAGUGAUAUUUGGAGCGUUGAUACGGAGACGAGGGAGAUUACCUGGCAGUGGGUUGCUACUAAUGGAGGGAUUCCCGAUAUCAAGCUGUACUACGUGUCUGGCCGUCUUUAUCCUGUUGGUGAUGUGGAGAGAUUCAUGUACGCUACUAGCAAUGCUAUUGGCGCGAGGGAGGAGGUCAGGUUGGUGUAUACUUUGGUUGGGGAGUCUGUUUUGUAG